AUGAAUACCAACUACCAAAUUCCAAGCUAAUGUCAAAAUUGACAAUACGAUUUUAAGGUCUUUUACUUCGUAACGUCGUUCGUUGAACAUGGCACCAACUGCUAAGACCAACAAGGGCGACAAAUCCGCCGCUACUGCCAAGAAGGCCGAGCCCACAAAGGCUGCAGCUGCCCCCGCUAAGGGCAAAGUUGAAAAGCCAAAGGCUGAAGCCACCAAACCUGCCGCUGCUGCCAAAAAUGUAGCCGCCAAGGAAGUCAAGGCUGCCGCCAAGGACGUUAAGGCCGCCCCCGUCAAGAAGGACGUUAAGGCUGCCGCUCCCGCCAAGAAGGACGCCAAGGCCGCUGCUCCCGCCAAGGAAGCACCCAAGAAGGAUGUCAAGGCUGCCGCCAAGCCCGCUGCCGCUCCCGCCAAGAAGGUUGAGGCCGCCAAGACCGACAAGCCCGCCGAGGAGAAACCCCACAAGGCUGUUGUUGCCAAGCCUGCCGCUGCCAAACCCAAGAAGUCUGUGACAGCUGCUGCUGCCGCCGCCACCGGCAAGGUUGGCAAGAAGGCUGUAUUGCGCGGCAAGGGCCUCAAGAAGAAGAAGGUCUCCUUGCGUUAUGCCAUUGACUGCACCAACAUCGCUGAAGAUAACAUUUUGGAUGUUGUAGACUUCGAAAAAUACAUCAAGGCCCGCAUGAAGGUCAACGACAAAGUCAACAACUUGGGCAACAAUGUCACCUUCGAACGUGUCAAGAUGAAGUUGUACGUCAACUCCGAUGUCCACUUCUCCAAGGCCUACUUGAAGUAUUUGACCAAGAAAUACUUGAAGAAGAACAGUUUGCGUGAUUGGAUCCGUGUUGUCGCCAAUGACAAGGACUCCUAUGAACUCCGUUACUUCAGAAUCAACUCCAACGAUGAUGAAGAUGAAGACGCCGAGUAAGAAGUCAGUUAUCUUUUU